AUGACAUUGAUACGCAACUAUGCACAGAAAACCUUGACGAAUAAAGGGCCAGAUGUGAAGGGCUUAAGUUAUGGAGCCCCGCCCCCCAAGUACAAUGUUGUGAGCGGUUACACCACAAAACCGUGGCCGACACUCUGGGCUCCCGUGGAGAGGAAAGCCCUGGACCUGACCCCCCUGAGGGAGGCUAAGCUGCCCGUCAUCUUUGUUCUGGGCGGCCCAGGAUGCGGCAAGGGAACGCAGUGCGAGAAGAUCGUCACGCAGUAUGGCUACACCCACCUUUCCUCCGGUGACCUGCUGAGGGACGAGGUCAAGUCCGGGUCAGAGCGCGGCAAGGCUCUCAACGAGAUCAUGGAGAAGGGAGACUUGGUCCCGCUGGAGGUCGUGCUUGACCUCAUCGCCGAGGCCAUGCUCCAGAAGGUCUCCGCCUCCAAGGGCUUCCUGAUCGACGGCUACCCGAGGGAACAGGCCCAGGGCGUUCAGUUUGAGCAGUCUAUCCUGCCCUGCACCAAGGUCCUGUACUUCGAGGUUCCCGACGAGGUGAUGGUGGAGCGCCUCCUGAACCGCGCCAAGACCUCCGGCCGCGUCGACGACAACGAGGAGACCAUCAAGAAGCGCCUGGCGACCUUCCACAAGCACUCAGAGCCCGUGAUCCAGCACUACAAGGACAAGUGCGCCACCAUCGUCGCCCUCGGCUCUCCUGACGAGGUGUUCGCCGAGGUGCAGAAGGCCCUCAGCACCAUCCAGUGAGGAGGAGGUCCCGGAAACACACUCCCACUCCCGCGUCAACCUCCUCCUCCUCCUUCUCCUUCUCCUUCUCCCUCCCCCUCCCCUUUUAAUCCUUCGCCUGGCUCCUGGGUUUCCCCCUUUGCGGCUCUCGCCCCUCCCUGUUGACGUCUCCUCGUGCUCUUUCUCCGUGUCUGUUUCUGUGCUGCUCUUCUCUGGUCUUCCAAGGCUCCGAACUCCCGAUGAUGUCUUCCUCGACAACCUCCAGAACUAUGCAUUAAAUUAAUUUAAGAGUGACUUCGGAAGAAAGCAAUACAGUCUACGCAUCUGACCGAACACCGUGACAUUUACUCGAGGGAACUAAAACCACUUCCUCUUCGCGACCUGCUACUCUCUCAGCGGGAGAGUAAGUCGUAUGGCACACGCAGUUAGCUAGACUUCACGAUUCUGUGUCUUGUCAACCUGCUAGGCAAAUGCUCAUCAUGCACUUAAUUCCACAAAUCACGAGUGAAGGGAAAAGCUUCUUGGAUACGCCGACGUACAAGUGUCUCUCACAAGGAGGUUAUUUUAAUCUAGUUCAGUGAUGGACUGCGCCCUUGUCAGUAGGAACACCGAACGCCGAAGCGGCCGGCGCCCAUAUUGGGCGGCCGACGUCAGUUCUCUAUUGCUGUCAUCAUCGCCAUCAACUAUCAUGCUUUUUAGUCAUUGCCAUAUUUUUCUUGGUGGAUACUGACUUUAUUACAGAGGACGAUUCCACUUAUACUUUCGGACUUACGGAAUAAACUGUGACUCUGGA